CCAAAUUAAAAUAAAGCCAAAGAUUCACCUCGAUUUCCCGGUAAACUUACCUCCUUCAUCUUUAUCCAGUUCCUUUCCAUCAGUAAAUAACUGCCUGCCCCGCUUUAUUCUCACCGUCGGUGAUGACACCGCAUCGUCACCUUCCCUUUUUGGACUUCGGUUUUUGCUUAUAUAAUCUCACAGCGAGCCAGCGAGAGAGAGAGAGAGAGAGCUUUUCCUUGUGCUUCUCUUCGAGGUUUUGAGGGGGAAUGGCGAGGAUUUCAAUGGGGUACUCGGCGCCUGGUUUUGUUAAUCUGAAAAGUGGAGGAGCUUGCCCACAAAGCUCGUUUUUUCCUGGAGUUUUCGUGAAUCGAAUGAAGAUGCCGGCGGCUCUUAGAUGCGUGCGGAUGGAUGAGGAUGACAUUAGCUCCCCUCCAUUGUUGACAUUUUCCAGCGAUUACCUAGCAAAUUCAAUUGAGGUGAGGGAGUGGGAAAGUGGAAAGUCACUCGACACUAUUGCUGCUAAUCAAGGUAUCAAAAUCAGGAGACAUCCACCUACUGGCCCCCCAUCGCAUGCGGUAGGACCCUUUGAGUUCCGCUUAGAAAAUGAGGGCAACACACCGCGGAACAUAUUAGAGAAGAUAAUAUGGGAUAAAGAUGCUGAAGUUUCUCAGCUGAAAGAAAGGAAACCCUUGACCAUGAUCAGCAAGACAUUGGAAAAUGCCCCAGCUGUCAAAGAUUUUAUUGGUGCUUUGAAGGCAUCUUAUGAACGCACAGGUAUGCCUGCUUUGAUCGCUGAGGUCAAAAAAGCUUCCCCAAGUCGAGGAGUUCUGAGAGAAAAUUUUAAUCCGGUUGAAAUAGCCAUCGCUUAUGAGAAAAAUGGGGCGGCAUGCCUGAGCGUUUUGACUGAUGAGAAGUAUUUCCAGGGAAGUUUUGAGAAUCUAGAGGCUAUAAAGAAUUCUGGAGUUAAGUGCCCUCUUCUCUGCAAAGAGUUCAUCAUUGAUGCCUGGCAAAUUUACUAUGCUCGGUCAAAAGGUGCUGAUGCGGUUCUGUUAAUAGCUGGUGUUUUGCCUGAUCUGGAUAUCAAAUAUAUGACCAAGAUUUGCCGAAAGCUUGGAAUGGCAGCACUAGUCGAGGUGCAUAAUGAAAGGGAGAUGGAUAGAGUACUGGCGAUUGAUGGUAUCAAGCUCGUUGGCAUCAACAAUCGUAACCUAGAAACAUUUGAAGUGGACAUUACAAAUACAAAGACGCUUCUGAAUGAAGAGCGCAUGCAGAUUAUCAGUCAGAAGGGCAUUAUUGUUGUCGGAGAAUCUGGCUUAUUUACUCCUGAAGAUAUUUCCUAUGUUCAAGACGCGGGAGUGAAAGCUGUUCUGGUCGGUGAAUCUCUAAUUAAACUGGAAGAUCCCGGGAAAGGUAUAACCAAACUCUUCGGAAAAGAUAUAUCAAUAUGAAUGUCUGAUUCUUAAGUUAUAUUUUGGAGCAUAUCUUGUACUGAACAUCAUAUCAUCUUGGUUUAUUUGUAAUAAAGCUUCAGUUUCCAUA